GAAACGUUACGUUCUUGGCCUCUCUCUUUUGAGUCUAGAUUUUUUCUGGGUCCAAUUCUCCUCUCUCGCGAUCUCCCUCCUCUCGUAUUCGAAACAAUUCUGCAACUUCAACUUAAUCAUAGUUAAAUUCCUUUUCACUGACACUGUCUGGAGUCUUUCGAUUCGGUUCGAUCCAGUUCGCCCAUUUAUGCUUGAUUUUUUUUCUGGUUUUCGAAGGUAAUUUAAUGGUGAUGGUAUAAAGAUAGUAUGGCGAAAAUUAGAGAUAGAACAGAGGAUUUUAAAGAUGCAUUGAGGCACAGUGCUAUAUCUUUAGGUUACAAUGAGUCGAGAUUGGCAGCUAUUAUGGCGUCUUUUAUUAUUCAUAAACCACGGCAAAGAUCACCGUUUACUAUAGCUGCUCUUAAAACUCUUGAAAGCAUUGGAGCAUUAGAACAAUUUAUGUUGAAGCAUAGGAAGGAUUAUGCUGAUCUGCAUCGUACCACUGAACAGGAGAGGGAUAGUAUUGAACAAGAGGUUACUGCAUUUAUUAAAGCAUGCAAAGAACAAAUUGAUAUUCUCAAGAAUAGCAUAAACGAUGAAGCAGCAAACACAAAGGGGUGGCUUGGCAUCAAGGCUCAUACCUCCAACGCUGAUACUAUAGCACACAAACAUGGGGUGGUUUUGAUUUUAAGUGAGAAACUUCAUUCUGUCACUGCACGGUUUGAUCAGCUAAGAGCUAUACGCUUCCAAGAUGCUAUUAAUAAAAGGAUACCGAGAAGAAAACUUAACCAGGCUGCAAAUACACAUACAAAUACAACUACUGUUGAUUCCUCUAAAACAAACAAUUUAGAAUUCAGUGAACCUGAUGACAUUCAGCCAGAGUCUCUUAGAGUGCAGCAGCAGGUGUUGGAUGAUGAGACUCGUGCCCUGCAGGUGGAAUUGACUAGUCUUCUAGAAGCAGUUCAAGAAACCGAAACUAAGAUGCUAGAAAUGUCUGCAUUGAAUCAUCUAAUGUCAACGCAUGUUCUGCAACAAGCACAACAAAUAGAGCUUCUGUAUGAGCAGGCAGUUGAAGCUACAAAGAACGUAGAGCUUGGAAACAAAGAGUUGUCGCAGGCAGUACAGCGGAAUAGCAGUAGCAGGACUUUUCUCUUGCUUUUCCUUUUUGUUCUUACUUUUUCAAUCCUCUUUCUGGAUUGGUAUAGUUGAAUUUCUGAUAUUACGUGGACUGUUGCGAGUACAAUUUUCCUUGUAAAUUUGAUUGCGGGAUGGGAAAAAUUGUAGAUUUAUUAUCAACAUUUGAGCAAAUUGAGUUUUGAGCUGUUGAAAUAAAAAACCUCUCCGUCUUACGCUGAAA